UCUGAGUAGUAUUUCCCUGGGAAAAUUUGAUAUUUUACCAUACUUUUCCUACAACUUGCAUACAUUUUUUUGUCUAGACUUUAUUACAAGAUGCGUGUCAACAUAUUACUUUAUUUUUUCUUACCAAUGAUGUACGCUGCCAGAGGCGAUAAUAGCGUCGGAGUGGGUACAGGAUUUGAAGAUAUUGGAGUUAAAUCAAAUCAAACCAAGCCUGAAAUAUUUGCUGAUUUUAUCUACCUCGGACAAUUUGAAACCAAGGCGUACUACUAUGAGAAUACGACUCGAGUAAAUGCAACCCAGGCGAGAGCAAAGUGUACGGAAAUGGGGAUGAAGCCUGCUCAAAUAAACAGCCAGGCAGAAAUUGAGUGGCUAAGAACGAGGAUGAAUGUGUCGCUAGGUGCACUCGACGCCGAACCAUGGACAGAUGGCGAGCUAUACGUACACCCUCAAUCUUUCUACUGGAAUGUGGAUAACAGCGAACUUGCUACCGAACUGGAAGUUGGGAUUUAUAUAAAAACUUUUGCAUUGUGGUUCUUCUCAUAUCGGAGUCGAUUUUCUGCACUUCCGAGUAACGAGCUUUAUAGCACGGUGUGCUAUUUGGAGAGAGCACCAACACCGAGUGAGAUUGUCAAGGGACAAAUUACCCACAAAAAAGUGGCGCCUGGUUUACCGGGUUCUACCCACAUUGAGAUGUCGAAAGGUUUAGAUUCUCAUCCGAAAGGGGUGAAAUUGGUUGGCAUCCGUCCCGUGAGGCGAUCUCCAAUCAUUCCCACGUCGCUCGAUUAUCUGGGGAAGUAUGGCGUCAAGGACUGGUACAUUGAUAGACAAGCGGUCAAUGAAUACAGUGCACGAAGCAAUUGUACCCGGAUGGGGCUGAAUCUGGCAAAAAUUGAUUCGACGGCGGAAAUGGCCUGGCUGACUCAAGCUACAAACGAAACAAUGGAUGGUGGGUUUUAAGACUAAAAUCUAGGGAAGUAUUUGAACCUUCUUGUCUUGGAACCCCCUGGUCACAAUCUUCGCAGAUGUUUGGAGUCCCAGUUUUCUUGAAAAUAGUAAUCGCCCAUAAUUUUUAGGUUUAGGAAGGAUGGGAUCAAAUUUUCUUCCAUAACGUCCUAAUAGACUCCCUUGGUCAUAAUUUCGCCGAUGAAGGUAAUUUGACAAGUUUUCCACAAUAUGGACCCCUAACCGUUACGGAACCACCUCCGUAUUUUACUGUAUAAUGGAUGCAUUCCGGUUUUAGUGUUUCCUUACUCUUUCUACUAACUCGACCAACUCAAUUUGCGCUAAAAAACUUCAACUUGAUUUAGUCGGUCCAGCGGACAUGUUUCCAAUCGUUAAUUGUCCAGGCGCUGUGAUCCGUAGCCCACUUCAGGCGUCGGCGUUGAUUACGCUUUUCAAUGAAUGGUAUCUUCCGUGCACCUGGGGUGUUUAAAAAAUUUUCGUGCCGUAUGUUUCUCACAGUUUGCGAAUUAAUGGACAGGCUGAACACAUAUUUAAGUUCUGCAGCAAUUUUUGAUGCAGAUAUCCCCCUGUGACUUCACUUUAUUGACCAUUUUUCGGCACACAUGAGCGGUGGUUUUUCACUUUCCACCUUUUACUGUCCGAUUUACAACGGAGUUAGUGGGUUUCCACGUAGUGAUCAUUUUUGCAGAAUCCUCCACUUCAUGUGUUCUAUUUUUCAUUAAUUUUGCCAUAGCCAGGCCUUGUCUGGUGAAAGGAAACAUUUUUUUUUCUUUCUUCGUGGCAAUGCUCAA